GUCAUGAUUCAGUGGAUCCUGUUAACUCUCUCAUCUCUGAUAAUCCAUCAGUCGCUAUCUAUCAUACCCAUACCGGGGAAGUACACUGUGGAUAACGAGUAUUGUGUUAUCAGAGAACCGAUUGAAUUCCGUGGGAAUUAUCAUUCGUGUAUUACAAUGAAAGAGGCUAUUAAACGAUUUCAAAGACGCGUUCACCAAGAAGAUUUUCCACAACCUAUUGCAACCAAGACCUCCUGCAUGUUCAGUACAAUUUGGUUGACAAUUACCGGAGGAUGUGAUGAGAGGGAAGGAGUACUGAGGCCAACAAACAGCAUGGAUGAAUCAUAUUCCAUUGCUUUCAUAGGAGAUAACAUGAAUUUCACAGCUACCGAAGUAUGGGGAAUCCUACACGGAUUGGAAACCAUAUUACAACAUAUAUACAGUGAUGACUGUGGUGCAAAAAUCAUACCGAAAUUCACAGUGCAAGAUUCACCCAGAUUUCCAUAUCGUGGACUCAUGCUAGACACAUCGAAACAUUUCCUCACCAUCGGAGAAAUCCACAAGUUCAUUGAUGCAAUGGCUAUGGUGAAAAUGAAUGUUCUACACUGGCAUAUCACAGACACUGAAUCAUUCCCAUUCGUCUCCUCCACAUAUCCUGAUCUGUCAAAUAAG